GGCCGUGGCUGGGAGUUGUUUCGCCGAUGUUGUGAUGAAAUAAGUACCCGGGUUCGUGGGUGAAUAGGGGGAAACGUACACUUAACGUCUUCUUUGUCGAGUAUUUUUAUUAAUUUUUCUUAACAUGGGAAACUGUCACACCGUUGGACCAAACGAGGCACUUGUGGUUUCAGGUGGCUGCUGUGGCUCGGAUCAGAAAACAUAUGUUGUCGGAGGCUGGGCUUGGGCUUGGUGGCUCAUCUCGGACAUCCAGAGGAUAACGCUUGAGAUUAUGACCCUGCAGCCCAAGUGUGAGGAUGUAGAGACAGCGGAGGGUGUAGCUAUUACUGUCACAGGGGUGGCUCAGGUAAAGGUGAUGACAGAAAAUGAACUGCUGGGUUAUGCCUGCGAGCAGUUCCUGGGGAAGUCUGUCAUGGAGAUCAAGAGUGUCAUCCUGCAGACCCUUGAGGGUCACCUACGUGCCAUCCUCGGUACCUUAACUGUGGAGCAGAUUUACCAGGACAGAGACAAGUUUGCCUCUCUGGUCCGAGAGGUGGCCGCACCUGAUGUUGGCCGCAUGGGCAUCGAGAUCCUCAGUUUCACCAUAAAGGACGUGUAUGACAAAGUGGAGUACCUGAGCUCGCUGGGCAAAACGCAGACGGCUGCAGUCCAGAGAGAUGCUGACAUUGGAGUGGCGGAGGCAGAGAGAGACGCUGGCAUCAGGGAAGCUGAGUGCAAGAAGGAAAUGAUGGAUGUUAAGUUCCUGGCAGACACAAAAAUGGCAGAUUCCAAACGAGAGCUGGAAAUGCAGCGAGCUGCCUUCAAUCAGGAAGUCAACACAAAGAAAGCAGAAGCUCAGCUGGCUUAUGAGCUGCAAGCAGCCAAAGAGCAGCAGAAGAUCCGUCUGGAGGAGAUAGAAGUGGAAGUGGUCCAGAGGAAGAAGCAGAUCACCAUCGAGGAGAAGGAGAUUGAUCGCACUGACAAGGAGCUCAUCGCCACCGUGAAGAGACCCGCGGAGGCUGAAGCUUACAAGAUGCAGCAACUGGCUGAGGGCCAGAAGAUCAAGAAGGUGCUGACAGCCCAAGCCGAGGCCGAGAAGAUUCGCUUCAUCGGUGAAGCGGAGGCCGCCUCCAUCGAAGCUGUGGGCAAGGCAGAAGCCGAGAAAAUGAGGCUGAAGGCUGAAGCCUACCAGCAGUACGGUGAAGCCGCUAAGACAGCUUUGGUCCUGGAAGCACUGCCCAAGAUUGCCGGCAAGGUGGCCGCACCCUUGUCCAGGACCAAUGAGAUCGUGAUCUUGACUGGCGAAGGCAGCCGUGUGACAGGGGAGGUGAACCGUCUGUUAGCCGAGCUCCCAGUUUCUAUCAACGCCCUCACUGGGGUGGACGUGACCAAGAUCCCAUUACUGCAGAAGAUGAGUGGCCAGACAGCCAUCUGAUGAAUAGCAACCCCCUCUUCGGCAUAAACAGUAUCUGCCUCAAGCAUGACAACACUUUCUCAAUCUUCUGACCCACUUAUGCAAAACUGCCAGAAACACCGAAUGAGAUUUGAGAUAUCUUUUUUUUUGUUAUGAUUUUACUUUCCACCAAACGAAAUGAAAGGCUGUGGUGUAACCUUUCUUUGUUUUAUCCCCUUACUGGUCAGCCAGGAGUUUAUGCAGCAGUCUGGUUUAGAUCAACAAGCCAAACAAAAGCGGAGAUGCGUGUGUUGAGAGGGAACAAAUGAACGAGUAAAUAAAUUUGAAAUGUAGGUGACUUUUAAGAGAGAAAAUUCUGAUUGUGCUGCAAAGAGUUCCAAAUUUCAUUUCAUGUUGAAUCUGAGCUGGUGACAAUUGGCAGCCUUUUAUUCCCUGUGUUUCUUUUUCUCUGAGAGAACUUGAUCAUCCGCUGUUACGCUCACUUGCUCUUCACCCGCUGUGACUGAAUUGUGGCUGACAUAUACAGAACAUGACUGUACACGGAUUGUAGAAGUCGAACCGCCAUUAGAUUGCCAUCAUCUCGCCUGUCCUCUCGUUGUCCCAGUGUGCUCAUUGACUGUCCAAUCAUCACUCAAGUGCCCAAAACCUAUUACGACAAUGCUUUGGCUUCUCCGUGUCAUCCUGAUCUUCUUUCUGUCACAUCUGCCUUUUUUUACUAACACACAAAAACGUUCUUGAACACCAAGCCACGUUAAGGAAGGGUAGCCUUAAAUGAGCCCUGGAUGCGCGCCAGGCUCACCCAUUACUCGUGGAGUAUGUUGCGUAGCAUGUGGUGGAUGCUCAGGGCCAUUCCCACUACUCAAAAUAUCAUUUUUUUUAUUUUUUUUGUUUUGUUUGGUUCCCCUCAUCCAACAAAUUAUUUCGUGCAAAAUAAAUGUGAGCAAAUGCAUUUUUUUUACUUUAGUAUCACAGGAAUGUUUACACAGUAACACUGUGUUCUGUUUUUUAACAGAUAAAAAAAAGUACUUUGUUUGUUGCCAUGACAAAAAUAGUUUUACUAACAGUAACUAACAAGUGCUGCAUGUGUAACCUCCCUUUGACAAACCUUUGACACACACUAAUUCAGUCUGUUGCAUCAUAUGUCAAAUGAAGUGAAUAUUGUUCCAUUGGCACCUUUGUGUUUGUUUGUUAGUUAGGUGUUUUUUUUUUGUUUUUUUUUUUUAAUGUAGAUUGAAAUGAAAAGACCUUUUGUGCUCCCUGAUGUUGCGUGUUCAAAUCAAAAUACAGUGAACCUCGACUCACCAAGGUUUCACUGCAUGUGACGAAAGAGGUGCUGGAAAUGAGCGGUCCUUCUGUUCUCCAUUUUCGGGAUGAGGUGUCAUUGCUGUAACCCGACUUUAAUCGCAGAUCAUUUAUCGAGCCGGCUGCUAGCUUCGAAGUGGAAUAUGCUGAUGUAACGCGUUUUGGACACAGUGCCUUUGUCAAAGAAGAGGUCAUGAGUGUGCUGUGACUGAUUUCAAUCACGUAGAGCUAGUAAUGAGCUCCCGUUCAUUUCCGCUUCCCGCGCUAUACAUUGCUCAUUGUAACCUGUCGAUGUGAACGUUGUACAUGCAUACCUGUCUGUUUUACUUUUGUACUUGUUCAGCUUCGUGUAUUUUAUAACAUUCAGUGGUAACAACAUACAUGGGAACACAAACAAUAUGUAGCUAGACUUAAGUUUUGCUUUUUGUUUUUUUUUUGUCGUUCAUAUCACGCACCUGUUUUGUAUUACGUUAUUUGUGGCCGGUGUGUUCGGUGCAAAGAAAUUGCAGCUGUGUUCCUCCAUGUAGAAUUUUGGAGAUGUGGAUCAAGACCAAACCUUAGACCGACGCCUUAAAAACAUCCUUCAUUUGUAUGUCAUACAAGAAAAAGUCUCUAUUAUGAAUAAGAUUUCUAUUUACGCUUCUCCUAAUUCUCAUCUUUUGACAAACGGAUCCAGCAUGGCAUUUGAAGCAUGUGUUCAUGUUACUCUAUGUUGUGCGCCAUCGUCAAAUAAAAUAUAUACGUACCACGA